UUAGAGUUGUUUGUUAUACUCUAAAGACCGCUAAAAAAUCUAGAAUCAAUACAUUCUGAUGAAUAGAAGCGGAAAAAUUAUCAUUUUGUAUCAAUUUUUAUUGAUAUUUCUACCAUUUUUGUAAGAGUUUUUUAAGUCUUCCUUGAGUAAAAUUUAUGGGAAUUUUUCUGUUUAUAUUUGGGGUAUAAUACUAAAGAUUAAAACUUUAGAAUCUUCUGUUGCAAUUACUUUCAGGUUUGGGUCAAAUUUAUGCUAGAUUUACUGGACUAAAUUGUUAUUUUUGAUCGGGUUGUUGUCACCUGGACACAUUUUCCAUUUAAAUUCUCUAUUUUAUUCUCAAGUCAUUUGCAUGAUCCAUAUACCACUGCAGUAGUUACAGUCAUUUUUUCUCUCUAUUGCAGGAUGACAUCAUCAACAUCUUUGUCAUAUGAAGUAUACAGCCAUACCAUCACCUUAAUGGAUAACUUGAAGAGACAAUGCACAUGUUCAAAGUGUAAUGGAAAAUUUGUCAACAUUAAGACUUUCCGAGCUCAUUCAAAGAAAAUCCAUAACACCCAUGCUGAAAUAUCAGACACUCAUAGUGAACAACCUGAGAUUGUAAGAGAGUCUAAGGAACUUUUAAAAAAAACUUUAAUUUUAAAUCAGUUACUUCAUGAAGGAACUAAUAGAACUGUAAAAGAUGCCAUAGCCGAACAUUUAUUCAUAUUUUCAUCUAAUAACGGAAUGUCAAAGACAGCUUUGUCACAGUAUCUUCACCACGAAAAGUGUGUUCUACCACAACCAAACAACCUGCCAUCCACUUAUUGUGAAGCUGUCACUAUUAUUCAACCAUACCUGAUGCCAAUAGAAAAAUUUAAAUGCUGUACAAAUGACUGUAAAAUUUUUCCCAUCAGCAGUACCAUUCUUGCCUGUCCAGACUGUAAUGAAAGUUUGGUGUUUUCAAACAACAGGAACAAAAAAACAUUCCAAUAUAUGCCUAUAGUACCACGCAUAGUUCGUUGGUAUGGAACUAGGAACCUGGCAAAGAUUCUUUAUGCCAACAAGCUUAACACAACUGGCCGGCUAAGCAGCUACACAGAUGGCAAUAUAUUUCGACAACAGAUGACAGAUGGAGUCUUCAAAGAUCAGCAACAGCAGAACUGUGUGCCAUUGGCUCUUUUUGCUGAUGGUGUGAAUCCAAAUAAGAACCAAACAGUCCAGAAGUCAAUAUGGCCUCUCAUCAUCACCUGGAUAACACUCCCACAAGAAAUGCGAUAUAUUUUAGGACCAAUGAUGUUGGCAGGUAUUGUUCCAGGCUAUGGUAGAAAAGAACCAAAAUCACUGGACCCUUAUAUUAACGUUUUAGUUGAUGAACUUUUAUCAAACAUUGAAUGUAACUUGUAUGACGCCUACACAGAUGCACCAGUAAAUGUAAAGAUUGCUUUAUUACAGUAUUUAUGUGAUAUACCAGCUUUUUCUAAACUUUUACACUGUUCUGGUCAAGCAGCUAUUCGUGCUUGUUUUUUCUGCAAAGAUACAGGUGUCCAUAGCAGUUCCGUGAAUAAAGUAUUGCACAUAUCGAACAGAGAGUUUUUACCCACAGAUUCGCCAUUUCGGAAAGACAAGACAUUAUUUGCCAAGAAAACUGAAGAGGUUGCUCCCAAACCACAAGCAUAUUCAAGGGAAGAAGAAAUGGAAAUAAGAAAAGAAUAUGACAAAAAAAAAAACAAUAACCAAAAAUGUAAACUACAAAAAGAAACUGGAUUUAAAGGGAUACAUCCACUUCAUCGCCUACCAUAUUUUGACAGGGUGCAUCAGAUGCAACCAGAUGGCAUGCACACAUUAGCAGAUGUCAUCAGCAACAUUCUUGAUCUGAUAACAGGCAAAUCUGAUGGACCUAAAGUUCGCCAGUGCGAAAAAGAUUAUAAUCGAUUUAAAGAAACCUGGCCAAAAAGACCAUCAUCAUCAACAACCGAAUGUGAGAGACCAUCCAAACAGGCAAAGAAAUCAUCUGUAAAUACAGCUGUUCCUGAACCAACACCAAAAGCGCCUCCUUUACCAGCAGCUCCUUGGUUACUAACAAAACAGGAUGUUAAAUUAGCUGACAACAGAGCAAAGAGUGUUAAAUACCCUAAAGGCUUUGAUUAUACUCCUGCUGACCAUUUUACCAGAGCAUGGACACUGCGUACAAUGCAUGGCAAACAACAGUUCGUAACCAAGAAUAUUGCAGCAUGGUGUAUCAGAGGCCUCCUAGCAAAGCCACAAGAAGAAACCUUAUUCAAUUUAUUUGAAGUGAUCAAAAGACUUACACAACCAUCCUACACAACUGAGCAGCUUCAAGGACUUAUUGAAGACACAAGUACAGCAGUGGUGUUACUUGAAAGGGAUUUUCCUUUGACCUUGCAGAAUAUCACAACACACCUGCUACAUCAUAUCCCAGAGGGUUAUGAAGACUAUGGACCAUUGUAUGAUAGAUGGCUUUAUCCUUUGGAACGAGCAAACAGUUGGGUGACCAGACAAAUUUUACAACAUGGACAUGAAGAAUCAACAGUGAUGCAGACAUACCGGAUAUACGAUUGGAGCUCUCACAAUAUUUUGAGUGGUGAAAUUAUAAAUUACAGCAGACAAACAAGUCUGUGUCGCUUGGCAGAAAAAGUAAACUCCAUUCACCAUCAAGAUAUAUCUAGAGCAUCUACGAAAAGAUUCAUAUUGCAAAGUGAGGAUCUAUCAAUUCUAAAAGACAAUUACAAUAAUAUAUAUGACCAAAAUUAUGAGUUAUUUGACAUAGACCCAGUGGUCACAUAUCUUAAGUUCAGCCAAAGACAGGAUGCCGAGUUAAAAAGACAAAUUUUCUUCUCAACAACAGAGCAUCAGACGACAGCAUCACGCUCACAUGACUAUUGUGUUAGUGUUUCGCAUAGGACAAACCGUCGCUUUGGCACAAUUUCUAAGAUUUUCAAACACAACCAUCUAGAUAAAGCUACCAUGUGGGUAAAAUUGGAGAUGUUUCCCAUUCCCGAACAAUCUGGACUAUUCUUGGUCACCGAUGACAGAAAGAUUGACACACAUAUAUUUAGCUUUGAUAAAAUAAGCAAUCCAGUUGUAUUUGCUUCAGAAGACAAUAAAAUAUGGUUUUUAAAUGUUUAGAUAUGCAUUUAUACAUGUACAUGUAUUUUGUAUGAAGUAGAUAAAUAGUUUAUAUACUUGGAAAGGUACAUUGUUAUGUAUUUUCUUGAUGUAUAUAG